AUGGCAAGCGAAAAGUAUUCAGCUUUCUACAAUGGUUCGCCUGUGUUUACCGAGGAUUUCCAACCAUUUGUACAAGCGGACAGUUACAAAGGCGCCAAGAAUAUCCUACAGACGUACAUCGUUCCAUUUAUUAUUAUCACCGGACUUCUCGGCAAUACAAUAUGUUUCAUGGUGUUCGUGGCGUCAACAUUACGGCGUAUUUCCACAAGUGUCUAUCUUGCCGCAUUAGCGUUUUCAGACAGUGGAUUUUUAGUUUGCUUGGGUAUCGGUUGGCUAGAAUCAUUGGGUAUACGCCUAUUUCAUAAAAAUGGAAUUUGUCAGCUCACGGUUUACUUUUCGUUCGUUUUCAGCUUUACAUCCAUAUGGUUUGUAAACGCAUUUACGCUGGAAAUGUAUAUUGCGGUAUUCCAUCCAAGAAAAAGUUCUACAUUGUGCGUUCCGAAAAAUGCAAUAAGAAUUGUUGGUGCUUUGUCUGUAGUGGCUGGUUUGAUAUACAUUUAUUCUUUCUGGAUAGCGCAACUCGUUGACACUAAAGUUUCUGAAAACAAAGUGUGUCUAAUUAUUCCUGAGAAUGCCGACACGGCAAUGAUACUAAGUGUUUUGGACACCGUGAUGACCCUUGUUGUGCCAUUUUCUAUGGUACUAUUCAUGAUCGUUCGCCUGCUGGUGCACAUUUCGAAAUUCUACCGUUCGGAACUUGACAAUUCUGGCAUUUCAGUUGUCGGGGACACAAAUGCCGAAACCUCGGAUGCAGAACAGCAGUUUCGGCCAAGCAGCGUUAACCAUCACACCGUCCGUCAGGCCAGUGAAGCACAUUCCCAUCUCACCAGAAUGUUGGUGGUAACUGUAAUAGUCUUCAUAGUUCUAAAUUUGCCUAGUCAUGCGAUCAAGGUCCAGUUUCUGUUCAGGUCUCUGCACGCCAAUGUUGAAUUCACACACACCGAAAGUUUCAUUCAAGUCGUUUUUCAAAAUUUGUACUACGCGAACUUUUCUGUUAACUUUCUGCUCUACAGCGCAUGUGGUAAGAGCUUUAGAAGCGCGUUAUCAAAGCUUAUGUUAUCUUUGAAAAACGGAUGUUCCAAUAUUUCCAAAACCAACGGAUUAAGAAAACUUUUCAAAAAACGGAACGCAGAUCGAAACUCAAAUGACCAUGCCCAGAAUCUAAAUGAUCAGCAACAUUCCAGACUUGUGGAUAUUCAUUUGAAUGAAAUUCGGUUUUCUCAGCUACCUUCGAUCGAAAGUCAGUUCACGUGCAAGUCGCCUCCUUGUCUUUUGUUGUGUGAAUCAGAACAUAUGAUACAAGAACGAGAUUGA